UUGCCCUCCAGAAACCAGGAAGGGAAUUGAGUUGAUCUGCUGCUGCUUGGUUAGCGCAUACGGGGCUUUAAGCUGCACAACAGUGAGAGGGAGAGAGAGAGAGCUCCGGAGAGGAGGAGAGGAGAGGGCUGAGCUAACCCACAAUAAGCACCACCACGGCCAUCACAGACAGGCAGACGGACAGACGGCAGGACGGAUACACGGGUGGGGGCUGUGCUAGGCGGCUCGGCGGCAGGCUGGUGGAAGAUGUCGUCAGGAGCCGGUGGGAGGGGCGGAAGGCGGCUCAGGGGGACAGCAAGCAGCGGGGGUGGAGGAGGGAGAGGAGGGGCCGGCGAAGCAGAGGAAGGCCCCGUGGGGAUCCCUUUCCCUGAGCACAGCGCAGACAUCCUGGGCAGCCUGAACAAGCAGCGGCUCAGCGGCCUGCUCUGUGACGUGCUCCUGGUUACUCAGGACCGGGAGUUCCCAGCUCACCGCUCCGUCCUGGCAUCCUGCAGCUUAUACUUCCACAAGCUCUUCACUUCAGGGGCCGCUGCUGACCAACAGAACAUCUACAACAUCGACUUUGUGGCAGCAGAGGCUCUGGGAGCGUUGCUGGACUUUGCCUACACAGCCACAUUGACAGUCAGCCACAGCAGUGUGGCUGACAUCCUUGCCGCUGCACGUCUCCUGGAAAUCUCACCUGUCCAGGAUGUCUGUACACACCUGCUGGACACCAAAGUGCUCUCCCCGCCGGCGGUCAGUGAGCGAAGAGAUGAAGAUGAAGAUGAGGAGGGAAAGGGCAGAGGAGGCAAGGAGCAGGGGAACCGGGUGCGGGCCCGGGAGUACCUGGAGUACUUCCAGAGAGGGGCGCACUGGAGCAGCAGCUGCAGCACGCCAGAGCUCAGGGACCUGCCUACACACCUGCACUUUAACCAUGGCAAUGGCCCCAGCAAUGGGGCUCCUGGCGGCCCUGGUGAGUACUACUCCCCCUUGGCCCUCGCCUUGGCCCAGGCCCCGACGCAGGAGCCAGAGGAAGAGGAUGAGGAUGAAGAGGAAGAGGAGGAUGGGGAAGCAGUGCAGGGGAAUGGAGCAAGCCUGGGCUCAACCUAUUACCCUCCAUCCCAAAAUGGGCACUUCUACCUCCCCCCUGAGUCUAGGCUGGGUCAGGAAACAGAAGUGGAGAACGGGGGUAGGGAGGCGAGGGAUAGGGGUUCAGCCAGUGCCCUCCUGCAGCAGAUGAUGGACUCCAUCGAGAGGCAAAAGGAGCGUGCGACGACCGGGGAAGAACAGGGAGAUGGGGACGACCCAGACAUGGAAUUUUACUUGAAUUAUUUUAACAGCACGCAGCACGAGGAUACAGCUUCUGCUGCUGUGACGCAGGGAGUGCCACCGCUCUGGCUUCGGGGCAGUACAGGCCAAGACAGAGUAGGAGGAGAGAGGGGGGUUGGAGAGAGAGGCAGCGGGGGUGGAGGAGGAGGAGGUGGAGGAGAGAGGAAGAUGCGCUCUAAGGCCUUCCAGAAGUGCCCCAUAUGCUCCAAGGUCAUUCAAGGAGCAGGCAAGCUACCCCGCCACAUCCGAACGCACACGGGAGAGAAACCCUAUGAAUGCGCCAUCUGCAAAGUGCGCUUUACCAGGCAGGACAAGCUCAAGGUUCAUAUGCGGAAGCAUACAGGAGAGAAGCCUUACCUGUGUACGCAAUGUGGAGCCGCCUUUGCUCACAACUACGACCUGAAGAACCACAUGCGCGUACACACCGGCCUGCGCCCCUAUCAGUGCUCAAGCUGCUUUAAGACUUUCGUGCGCUCAGAUCACCUGCACCGCCACCUCAAGAAGGACGGCUGCAAUGGCAUCCCCUCUCGUCGAGGCCGAAAGCCUCGGGUGCGAGAGCCGGGGCUCCUUGAGCCCCCUCUGGGCCUGCUGAGCCCCGGAUCCGACACAAGCCCUGGGCCUCGUACCAUCAGGGGACGGCGGCGUUCUGAUGCAACCUCAGCGGCGGAUGUGGGGGGGGAUGCUGGAGCCCAUGCACACAGUCCUCAGCUGCAGGAGUUGGCAGGGGAGGCAGGGCCCUGAGACUGCAGGGGCGACAAGGACACUGCUGGACACCAUAGUCACUCUGCACUGCCUGUGAGACAGGCCAGUGAACAGAGAGGAGAAAAAACACGCAAUGGCAAACUUAAAAAAAAACAACAACAACAAAACAACUAACUAUUCCUCUAUAAACCAAAUCAGGGUGUCACAAAAAUCUAAUCUUUAUAUUUGUUUCUCCUUUUACUUUAGGAAACAGAGUAGACUUGCAAGCACUUGAGUCGGUUUAUCUGUUAAAGAGCAAAGAACGCUUCAAAUCAUGCACCCAUGACGUCCACUUUCUGGGCCAUUUCUUUCUUUAUAAUAUUAGGGGUUUUAUACAUUGGCGUAUGUGCUUAGGCAAAUGUAUGAUAGAUACAAAGAAACUCUGAGCAACUAUGCAGUUGAUUUAGAUUUUUAUUGGUUUUGUCCUCACAGCCUUCAGGCUCUAAGCAAGGUGUCUGUCAAGCACCUUCUGGCUGCUGUACGGGUGAAGCGAGGACAAAUCCUCCCAGUGAAAACAACUCUUUUUCUAUUCUUUUGCAGGUCUGAAAUGUACAGUUACCAUAGAAACAACAUUGCCACAAUAUGGCAUAUGCAAGGAAAACUCACCACAAUUUUGAUGCAACAGUUUUUUCUCUCUAAAUGUUCCAGAAAGAAUCAGACAAGGGUUUGAUUGAAGUGUUACUUACUCUAUAAAAUGCAUUUUAAGAAUCUAUGGUUUGUCUUAUUGAAAAACAAAUUCAUGUUGAGUCGAAUCCACUUUAACGGGGGCUCGUCGAUUGCAGGACUAGGGAAAGUGAGGGGUGGAGGGUUUGUGUUUUUAAAGCACUACCGUCGUCAGUGUAUCUGUAUCUGUUGGCUUGACUACAUUGCCUCUUAUCCCUCACAACUCUGCAAUGUCAGCAUUUCUGUUUUCCCUUUUGAUUUUGUCUUAAUUUUUUUGUUGUUCCUUUUUGUUGACUGCUUCGGGUACUUGACACUUUAUAAUUGUAUACAUGUAUAUACAGCAGGUGGUGAUAUGACAUUGGUCCCCUCUUAAUGCUGAGGUGUACUUAACCAAUCGGGUUUUUUCCUCUUAGGCUUGAUGUCAUAUUUCUCACAGAGUGAAGCUUGUGGGUGAACGAAAAAAACUGUAUGAAUGUUUGAUGAAACAGAAAAAAAAACCAUUGAAUCACCCAUUUGUCCUAAACUUAACACUUGACAUGUAUAGUUCCUGCCCAAAGGAUAAGGAGGUCGAUUGAAUGAAUGUGCUUAACUUUGUGCAGUUUUUCGGAAUCUGUCCUUGUGUGACAAGGCGCGGGUAGCAUUUAACCAACCGCAGGUUAAAGGAAUGGCAGGGAGCCCGAGUGAGAGAGUGACAAAGAGUACGAAGAAGAGAUAGAUGAGCACCUUUUUUUCUAUGUUUGCACAGCUUUACUAAAGAUAUCCAACAAAGCGAGAGAGAGAGGUAUAUUUAAAGGAAGUGGGCUGGUGUUGGGGAGGGAGUGAGAGGAGGUUUAUGUAUCACGCUUAUUCCAAUCUUUUUGCCCUAGGGACCACACAACCGUGAGGCAACCUGUAUGAUGAGGAGAGCAAUAAAUACCUGUCCAAGUUGGGAGGCCAAAUAGGAGCGCAGCUGCAGCUGGUCGAUGGGGGGAGGGGAACAAGGGAAGGGGAGGGGGAUCUCACAAUGUCUGUUGCAUUCCAAAAAAUAAUCUCCCCCAGCUCAGCCACGUUUCCAGGCAGGAGGGGAUCAAAUCAGGCCUUUUCUCUCCCUCUCUCUCCCUCUGUAGUCCUCUAAUGCCCCCGAACCAGCCUGGAGGGGAUAUUAUUAUAUUAGAGUCUGGUGUUACUGUGGGUAGGACGCCUGGUGCUGGCAGUUUAGUGUGCGAGUGUGUUUACAUGUACGUGUGUUUGUAUGCAUGUGUGUGCGUGGCAGCCAGGGUCCCUCUGGCCACAUCAUCACUGUGUGAGUCAGCCACAGCCUGUUCAAACAUGCACCCUGAGCUGCCAGCCCCAGUGCACUUUCUCCGUCUCUCUCACACACACACACUCACGCUCAUUGAGUCCAGGUAUCCUGUAGAGAAGGGGAAAACACCAGGGCUGACAUAUCUGUUUGAAUAUUGUCAGUGACUCCAUACAUCUGGAUUUGCUAGUCUUAAAAUAUCCAAGUUGUGUUUCUGUGCUCUGAUGUUUUUUUUCCAAACUAGCACAUUGAGCCUUUGAAUCAAGAGGAGAACAUGCAUAUGAUUUAGAGCCCCCCCCCCCCCAUAAUUUCUGCAGUGGUGCUGUGGUUCAAGUCCCUUUUGCACCUCCAUUGGAAAGAGACAGGUUAUGAAUGCACUUUGUUACUGAACAGGGCACUUUUGUCAACAAAACGGGUACUUAAAAACAAACCAGUUGCAAAUGAGAUCAGUCGUUUCUUCUGUCCGUGGUGGUGAAGUUGAGCUCCUUCACUGGUUUUGUCCAGGUUUUGAUGACAAGCUGCCAAAAAUAAAAAUGGAAAAAAAAAUCAUACCAGAAAUAUGCAAGUUCAGAUCUCAAAAAGAGAAGCCAGGCAGGUUCAGAUAUUAAAACCUAAAAAAAGAGACUAAAUUAAUCCAUGUAACUGAUUGUACUUGAAGUUAGCUGUUUUAAGAAACCUAGUGAGUUGUCUUUAUGUCUUAAUGGUAAGAAAGGACAUAGGAGGAGGAGGUAGACAACUGGGCACUGUGUGUGUGCGUGCGUGUAUGCAUUUUUUUUGCCUGCAUGUGCACAAGCAUGCUUGGCUGGCUGGCAGGCUGGAGGGUCUCAGGACAAGCUUGGAUAAACAAACUUCGUGUCUACCCCAUCUGUUCACCAGCUACUCUCAUAACUACACAUGUUCUCUGAGGAACCACAGUGAUAAUAAGUCCACGGUACCACAGAAGCAAAAAUACCAUAUUGUAAAACAACACAUUGGACAGUUGCUUGUUUACUUCAUAGCUCUCUCGGUGCAGAUUUGCAUAACUCUUCGUUUACUCUUGUUGGUCAUUAUUAUUGGGUUGGCUGGGUCUUGAGAGUCUCAGUUUCUAUUUUUGCCUCUCCGUUAUGAUAAAGAUGGGGUUUAUUAUUGCACAGUUUGACUCCCACAGGCAGACCAAUGUAAGCUGGGUGUGUGAUCUUUAUGUACAGUGGUACUUGGUUUGGACUUCUUAUGCCCAUUCACUCAUGAUGUGGCUGAAUUUUUACCUGUUGAGACCUGUGAGCCAUCUUCAACAUACGUUUUUUUGGACCUUAAUAUUUCCCCAAACGUCUUAUGUUGUUUGUUGAUUAACCAAAGCUUUUUGCCCUCAAUCUUAGUCUACUGUAGACUAGAGAUAUUGAUAGUAUGUCUGUUAUUUAUCUAGACUGGGCCUCCCUGACUAAGCCACACACAGAUGCCCUCCUCUUGAAUACAUAUGCAGAAAUGUUUGUGUGGAAUCAUACAGAUAUUUACUUGAGUUUGCUUUCUCUCGCUCUUUGUAUCCUUGUGGACAAUAGAAACAGAGGUUUAAGGAUGUAUAGUUUUUUUUUCUGUCUGUCUACACUCGUUUUUCUUAAAAUAACGUGUUGUGCUACAGCUAUUUUUUUCUAAUAAUUUUACAUGGCUGUGCGUGUGUGUGUGUAUGCGCGCGCGUGUGUGUGUGUGUGUGUAGGGGUUGGGGUCGUGGUUUUGGGUUGCUGUGCCAGGAGGGUGGGGUAAAUGGGUGCAUGGGUGGGGUUAUGGAUAUAAAGCCUGAUAGCACUGGAAAUGGUGCUUUAGCUGAGAGAGCAAAAGUUUGCACUAAUGUUAAAUGUCCUUGUCCUGCUUAUGGGAGAAGGGCAGGAGACCUCAGAAAGGCCUGCGAGUUUCCAUGAGCACAGAGCAGUGUGGUUAAUACUCAAUGGUCUCAUAAAGAGUCCAUCCAACCCCUCCAUAGAAAUAAUCAUGUACAGUAUAUUAAGAAAUACACAGACGUCCAACAACAACAAAUACCAAAGGAGAAAAAAAUGGCUUGCAUUCAAGUCAUUGGACAUUUUAAGCUACCAAUCUCAUGUUGGAUUAAUAGAGUUUUACUGUUGAACCUGAAGGCUCUUGAAAAGAGAUUCUGGAUGUAACGUCUGAUGGAAAUGGUGUGAAAACAUUUUAUAUUACAAAAUAUUCCAAAUAUACAACAUUUAGGCACUUAGAAAGUAGCAAAGCCUCGGAAACAUUCAAAACGUUUGAGUUGGUCCUGAACUGAUGGCUGAGAUGAACUGUGUGCGGGCGCCAGAGAUAGUGAUUCUUUUCUAAAUUUAGAGAUGGGAUUUUUUUCAACAUUUGUUUUAUGUUUGGUGAACUGAUGAUUAAUGAUUUGAAAUGAUAAUGAAAACUAUUGUUUAACACUGUUAUUUUGAUCAUUGCUGAAUUGGAUGAUUUCGGUUGAAAUUUUUUUUUAAAAGUUGGACUGAAUUUCAAUGUUCUCUAAUUGAAGCAGACUGGGACUUUGUGGCCUUUGCCUGAGCUGCACUAAGCUUAUUGUUUUUUUUUAUAUAUAUAUAUACCAGACAGUCGUAUUGUGCAGUGUGGGGCUGAGGCUCACUCCCACCAGGUGGACAAUGCAACAUCAUGAGCCUCAGUGUGCCUUAAGUAGGCAGGGACUGACAAAACUCACACCUUCUCCAAUUAUUUUUGCUGUUGUUUGUUUUUGUUUUAACCUUUGUUCUUAUUUUCUGCCCAUAUUUUAAGACUAAAUUGUGAAAGCUGAUUGGAUUGGUUCUGAAAUUGAUCAUUUAGCUGUUUGAACUCUACUUGAAUGAAUUAAUAAUAAUGUCUCUGUACUAGCCACUAGAUCAGAGCUGUGUCUCUAUCAGCCUCUAUGGCUCCAUAACUGGUGUGUCCCCAGCCUCAGCCCCAGACCAAGGUCGCUCUGACACAGGCUACACUGAGACAGUCUCAGAACUUCAUGGCAAGUGUUUUCGAAAAUUGACCUUGAUGUUUCUUUGUUGUUUUUUUUUUUCCUAUGCUGUUAUCAAAGAUUUUUGGUGAAUCUAUCUGAGAAGGCCAUAAAACAAAGAUGACCAACAACUAUGAUAACAAUGAUAACUGUAAAUAAUCAAACGAAGCAGGACGGGGCAACUGUUAUCAUGGUGAUUUGGGACAGCAAGAAGGGGGAUUGUUUGCUUUGCUUCGUCAUUUUCCUGCACACCUGAUUUUUUUUUUUUUUCAUGUUUUCCAUCAGGCUCUUGAUGCACAGCAAGCUGAGCGCAGCAUAUGCAGUACGGCACUAUGCGCAGCGUGGCUCUGGCACUUACACAGACAGCCCUGGGUCCUUCAGAGAGGCAGGCUGCUGUCUGUUGGCUGCUCUCAGCCAAGUGGGGACAGUUUGCACUUGGAGUCUUUCUCAGUCUCUGGGGAUACAAAGGCUGGCAUACAGGGAGGAGGAUUAAAUACGGGUGGUUAGGGGGAAGCCAGGAUGUUGUUUUCAGGGAUGAGGUUAGAAAGCCCAGGUGAUGGACUGUUUGCUGAGCAAAGGUUCACUGUUGGUCCUCUAAGCUGGUGGGAAUUGUAUGGCCACGAUAUGAUAAGAAUUGUAAUACAAAGGAGGUCACCACAGAUUUCACAUCGGGGAACCACAACAAGGAGAAUGCCGCUGAUCUCUCUUGUCUCUAUGUAAGAACUUCUCAGGUGGAAAAUAACACUGCUAUGCAUUGGUUUCAAUGUCUGCUCAGUUUGUGGUUAUGUCUGAUCACCCCUCACCCCACCCCCACCACCACCACCAAGUUUCGUCUCUGUCUUUCUCAUCCAUACCAAUAUUUAGCAUAAUCGUUCCCAGAAAGAUAAAAGCAGGAACAGUUCCCUCAUUGUAAAGUUAUUAAAGUUAAAUGUAUAUUUCUCCAUCUAAUAUUGAUCCAGCGAAUUGUUUGUUGGAGGGAUGGAAGCCACUGGAGAUUCAGUCUUAUUUGUCAGACUGUAACAUUUUCUGAAAGGAUAUGGGUUCGGAAAAGCACAGAGGCGGGAGGGGAAGGGAGGGGAGGGCAGGGCAGAGGGGGGUGGGUGUAUGUUCUCUCGCUUGCUUCUCCCAUCGCUCUUCCUCUCUCCGGACUCGGAGUCUACAUCUUUGCUGCCGACUGGCCUUUGAUCAAAGAUCACACACCCUCAGCAGGGGAAUCAGCAGGAGAGAAAGCAGGGAGUUGGGAUUGGAUAAAGGUCUGGUGGAAGACACACUUUCAGUUUUCAGUCACCUAAACCAAUUUUACAUUCCAUAACUUCAUACUGUGAUUCCCACUUUGGAGUUUUUGGCAGGUGUAAAGGCUGUGAGUUGGAGACAGCAGUAGGAAACGGUCAACUUUUCGCAGUCAGCUGUUUCAGUCAGUCUGUCUAGCCUCACUAUCCCUCUGCCGUGUGACAGACAUGUAGACAGACAAAAGGCCCCCGGUGUACCGCUAUCCAACUGCCUUUUUCAGCUUCUGCGAUUGUAACAAAAGCACUUUGCAAAAGGCCAUCCUGAAUUUUGUGUGCUUUUAUUUUAAGGUUAUCACUAUUGUUAUUAUUUUGUUGUUCCUGUUGAUUUUUAUUUGUUUUCUCAGUGCAGAUGAUUAUUUAAAUGAAAAAAAAGAAAAAGAAAAAACUUGAAUAUUUGGUAUCUGGAUUGAAGGUGGUUUGAGCUGCUGCCUCGUCUGAACAUUAACAAACACAUCUCUGUUAUGCUACCACCAUACCUGUUAUAUGCAGCUUAUUGCAUAGUCCACACAAUGGUAAGGGGGGGGGAAGGGGUGGUACAGGACAGAUCUCCCCCUACCUGCUCUCUGCUUACUGUCUCAGAUCUUGUUGGGAGAAAGGUCAUUUCAGCUCAUUUUGGGAGACUCCUUUUCUUGAAAAAGAAACCUGUAUAACAGUUGCAAAGCUUUCUGAGAAGGCUAGCUGUGCUGAAUGUUAAACAUGCAGUGUUGUAUCCACUGCAGAAUCUCUUUGUCUGCAAUAACGCCCUGUCUGUGCAGUUAAAGGCUGGAUCUGGUAUCCAUACAUAAAGCUUAAGUGAUAAUGAAAGACAGAUGAAAUGGCCAAAUGACCAUCAUGCACUUUUGCAAGUCAGAACAGAAGAUUUUUUUUGGCCUUAACAUCUAUGUCAAAUCAAAAUUAUUGCAGUAGAGUGGAAAGAAUAAUAUUGAUCAUAAUAAACAUUCAAUAAAUCUAUAGUUCAGUACAUUGUUUAACUUGGGAGAGAAAGAAAUAGGCUACUAUUUAUAAUAGAUUGAUUUGUAACUGUGAUUAUUAUGAUAAUUCUUUACAGAAGUUUUUUCAGAUGUACAUUUUAGAAUGGUGGAAUAUAUCCCAGCUCUCAAAUCUGGACAUUUAACUGUAAAUGCACACCGAGUCACGUCAAGCAGAAAACUGUUGCUCUCGCUUCUCUCUGCGAGUUCAAACUUUCAUCCGUGUUGGACAUCUGACCAGCCCCCUCCCAACCCCACUCCCCAUUCUGUGCAUCACAAACAAAUGUGUCCCAAAGGCAGAAUACCUGCUGUGAAUUCACUAAUUGGAUGGAGUUUGGCCAGAAAGUGCAACAUCAUCGAGCGUUUUCAACCCGCAGAGAGCAGCAGCCAUUUUUCUUUCCCACGUGAUUCAGUGUGGAUUUUCCUUUUUUUUUUGUUUGUUUUUUUUUUUUUUCAGAAAUCCCUUUCUCAUCACAAAGAUUUUUUUCUCAGCAUAGCAGUCUGUCAGUCCAUAUCUGUUGGAAGCUGCAGGGAGGUUGGGGUGGGGGUGGGGGGGCAUAAGUGAUUUUUUUUUUGUUUUGUUUUGUUUUGGAGAAUUUGCACUUUUUGGUGACGAAAAAGAAAUUGUAUUGUAUAUGAGACCACUAAAUCCACACAGUCUAAACCAUAUAAUUCCAUUUUGUGUCUUUUUGUUUUGUUCUGUUCUUCUUUUUUUUUUUUUUUAAAAUAUAUCCAAAAAUGUCUGGCAUCUGGUUGUCUGGUUUAAAGAAUAUAAAUCUUUCUAUUAAAAAAAAUGGUUGCAAA